ACACAUCAUCCCCAUCAUCACCUUGGCUAUAUACUUGUCCCGCUUGACGUAUUCAUUGCCCACGCAUCACCUCUCCUCAUCUACACUACUUGAUCCCAGCUCGUACUCAGACUUUCCAGACCCUCUUCAUACCACCCCCAUCAUGUCUCGCGUCAUUGUUGUCGGUGGCGGUCUAUCCGGCCUGAGUGCCGCACACACUGCGCUUGAGCGUGGUGCCAGCGUUCUCGUUCUUGACAAGAACCCCUUCUUUGGCGGCAAUUCAACCAAGGCCACUUCAGGUAUCAAUGGUGCAGGGACCAACACUCAAUCAGAGCUAAGCAUUCCAGACAGCGCCAAGAUUUUCUUCGAGGACACCAAAAAGUCUGCUCGUGACCUGGCGCGACCUGAUCUGAUCAAAGUCCUUACUGGCCGGUCCGGUGAGGCCGUCAACUGGCUGCAAGACCGCUUCGGUCUGGAUCUGUCCAAGGUCUCCAGAUUGGGUGGUCACUCGCAGCCUCGUACCCACCGUGGUGGCGCUCAAUUCCCCGGCAUGACGAUUACCUAUGCCCAGAUGGAGAAGCUGGAGGAUCUUGCCGAAUCCGACCCUGAGCGCGUGCAGAUCAUCAAGAAGGCGCGCGUUACCAGCCUGAUCUACGAGAAUGGCGAGGUCAAGGGUGUGGAGUAUGAGACUGCUGGACAGAAGCACCAGGAGCGCGGUGCCGUCGUUCUCGCCACUGGUGGUUACGCAGCAGACUUUGACGAUGUCAACUCUCUGCUCAAGAAGCACCGCCCUGACCUUGUUCACCUUCCUACCACCAACGGAGACCACUGCACCGGUGAUGGUCAAAAGAUGGUCGCCUCUAUCGGUGGUCGCCUGAUCGAUCUCGAAAAGGUGCAAGUUCACCCCACUGGUCUCGUUGACCCACGUGACCCAGACGCCAAGGUCAAGUUCCUUGCUGCCGAGGCUCUCCGUGGCUGCGGUGGUCUGCUCCUCGACAACGAGGGACAGCGAUUUGCUGACGAGCUUGGUCACCGUGACUACGUCACUGGCCGCAUGUGGGAGAACAACAAGUUCCCAGUACGCCUAGUCCUGAACGGAGCCGCGUCCAAGGAGAUCGAGUGGCACUGCAAGCACUACGAGGGUCGUGGCUUGAUGCGCCGCUUCGAGGGCGGUGAUGCGCUCGCCAAGGAGAUCGGCAUUCCUGCUGACAAGCUCAAGGCUACCUUUGAGGACUACAACGCCAUUGCCACCGGUAAAAAGAAGUGCCCAUUCAACAAGAAAUUCUUCCACAACGCAGACAUGCGCAUGAACGACACUUUCUACGUUGCCCUCAUGACUCCUGUGCUCCACUACACCAUGGGAGGUCUGGAGAUCGACCCCACUUCUCGCGUCAUUGACAGCCAAGGCAAGCCCAUCCCCGGUCUCUUCGCUUCGGGAGAGAUUGCUGGUGGUGUUCACGGAGCCAACCGUCUGGGAGGCUCUUCCCUCUUGGGUUGCGUCGUCUUUGGUCGUGUCGCUGGUGACUCUGCCACCGCUUUCUUGCUGAACCAGUACACCUCCGGCAAGGCUGCUUCCCGUGUCGGCCAGGUUGCCCAGCACCUGGAGACCACUGUUCGGGUCAACCCGGAGAAUUACAACGUCAACUUGACCUUCUCUUGGGCUGGCCAACAGCAAGCUGGUGCGGGCGCAUCCGGCGCUCUUCAACAGUCGAGCGCCCCGGUUCAACAAGCUGCGCAAGCCCAGACUGAGGGCAACGCCAGCGCGGGCCCUGCAGCUCAAAAGGCCCCCCCUCAAAAGGCGGAGGAGAACAAGGGAUCCAAGACGUACACUAUGGACGAGGUCGCCAAGCACUCCAAGGAGAGCGAUGUGUGGGUCGUCGUGGGCGAUCAGGUCCUGGACGUGACCAACUUUCUGCCGGACCACCCUGGAGGACCCAAGGCGAUCUUGCUCUACGCUGGAAAAGAUGCGACAGAAGAAUUCGACAUGAUGCACGACCGCGCCGUCAUUAAGCGUUACGCUGCUGACGCCGUCAUCGGAUCCAUCGCCAAGUGAUUUUGUUUUGGUGCUGCAUCUCUUCGAAUGAUCCAGUCCUUGGGGAGGCAACAGAACCCUCAAUCAAAGCUCUUCUCUUCUUGUUCAUGUACGCAAUCAAGGCAUCGUCUCCGUCAGUCAGGUCGCCCAGCUCGCUUCCCCUUUGGUCCCCUUGCGUUGGUCCCUUCACUCUACGGAUUCAACGUGGCACUCAUGAGUGGUGCAAAUGUUGAUGAAUUUUACG